GGAGGACAGACAUAAAGUAACCCUUGUGUGGGACAUGGUUAAGGCUAAUUUGAAUGGAAGUGAAGAAGAUGAAUUUACGAGGAUUAUUGGGCUAGAGCUCGUACAGAAGAAUGAGGAGCUCAGAGCUGAAUUAGAAAACUAUAUGGAUAUUGUAGCUGACCUUCAAGCAAUGAACCUUGAAGAGGAAACUAAGGAAGAUCCAUCAGAAACUAAGACCCCUUCAAGAAUUUUCUUGAACAAGAACACUGAGUUUCUGGAAAAAGAAAUUUCUUUCUUUAUAACUAACCUGAGAAGGAAAGCUAAGAAGAAUGGGCUAGAUGAAGAUAUGCUUAUUCCUGCUUCCAACAAAAGAGAUAUGCAGAUCGUGUCUUAUGUUCAGAACAAAUCGAAUGCUACUGAUAGGCCUGUCUCGGCAUCGACUAGAAUGUCUUCGAAAUAUGAAGAUACUCCUGACAAUGCUUCAAUGGCUUCAACCUUUCCUAAUGGGUUUGCAGGCAAGAGUGGCAAGAUGAUUCCCCAACUUCCUUUUGAUAAAUGAGUACUCGAUUUCGGUAAAAGUGAAAUCGAGAUUGUCAAAGAAAUUGCAAAGAUUAUUGAACAAGAAACAACAGAGUUAGAGGAGGAAAUCCAAGUCCAACAAGACCUCGUUAUGAACAGAGGCAAGCCUAAGGAGCUGCCAAAACCUGUUGAAAUAGAAGAGCCUUCUACAAAGGAACUAUUCGAAUUCAAAUCUAGGCUUGAGGAAAAAUUCUUGAACACCGGUAAAGAGGAAAAUAAUAAAUCUGAUUCAUUCAAAAUGAAUAAGUCUAAAAAUCAACUGCCAUCGUUAAAAACUAAGAAGGUGAAGCUACCUCUGAAGAUUAAUAAAUAAAGCAAUUGAAGAAAAUGGAGAAGACAGAAGCAAAUGUUUGCCCAAAACUGGGAAAUCGUUAAAAUUCAAAAGGUCAGAGACAACCAAUGGGAUUUCUCGCAAGAGAAUUAAAAUCAAGAGAGCGGAUUCAAACGGUGGGACACCAGGGAAGGAUAUCUCAACAAACGGCUUAAAGCUGAGGAAAAGGAAACCCCUAACAACUCUUCCUGGCAAGAGAGCGGCUAGUCGGCCUGCUAUCAAGAAGGAAAGCAUUUACGGUCUUGAUGUUGACUUCUUGAAAGACAUCGGUAACGAAGAUAUAGUCAAGGAAUAUAAACAACAUCAGAAGAAAGAAGUUGAAGAUAAAUAUCAAAAGAAAUCUGGAUGCAUCCUUUCACUAGAACAGAAGUUUAAGAAGCCGACUAAACUGAGAGAGAUCUGCAAGGAGUUUAGAGAUGGAAUGUAAGCAUUUUGUGACAGAGGUUUCAAGAUAAUUCUGGCUG